AUGGCUGGCGCUAUAGGGCGCUACAGCACGGGAAAGCGCGCGCGCAUAUACAUCGUGAAGCGUGGGAAAGGUACGCGCGCAUGGCGCGCAUUGCGCGGGAAAGCUGCGCCUCAUAUAGAGAUAGCUGCAGGUAGCACACAGAGUGAUGCUACAAUCCCAUUCCUGUUCCCAGUCCGAGCCUCUCUUCAUUGGGGACAGAGUAUGACAUCCCAGGAGACAAACACACAAACGCAUAUGUCGGGUUCAAAAUCGUCAAAUGAACCUGUCAAGCUCGAUAUAGAGCAUGCAGUGGUUGAAGACGAUCCUCGAAUAUGGUCAAACACGAAAAAGAACGUUGUAUUGUUCAUCAUAUCUGGAGCAUCGAUCAUCGCGGGUUUGUGCGCGAAUAUUCAAAACCCCACCAAUGCACAAAUCGAGCAACAGCUACACACCAGUAGUGGGGACAUCAGCCUGAGUUUGUCUCUUUACAUUCUCGCUCAAGGCAUUCUUCCUAUGAUUUGGAGCGCAAUCAGCGAGAUAAAGGGCUGCAAGACAGUGUACCUUUUCUCCUUAGUACUGUUUACACUCGGAUCGGCGAUCGUGGCCAUAUUCAGAACCAUUGGUUUUGUGAUUGGUAUGUGUAUUAUACAAGGAACAGGGGCAAGCGCGGUUCUCGCUAUUGGAGCUGCCACUCUGGCCGGCAUAUAUGAGCCGCAUCAACGAGGAGAAAUGAUGGGUGUCUUCUAUGCUGCACCUCUUCUUGGACCCUUGUUUGGGUCAAUUAUCGGUGGUGCACUCACACAGGGCCUCAUCUGGCGGGCGGUUUUCUGGUUCCUAACCAUCUGGGGAGGUAUAAUAUUUUCGGCAUUCCUUUUCUUGUUCAAGGAUACCUUCCAGAAGGAAAGGAGUAUGGCAUACCAGAAUGUAUUGAAAAGGAGGCUCCGAGAGCAACAGUUGUCAGAGGCAAUGGACGACUCGCAAAAUAUCUCAAAGAAGGAAUCACAAGUGAAUGACAAAGAUCAGACAAGUUCGAACGACAUUGAAGCACAGCCGAUGGUCAUACCAGCAUCAACUAUUGGAGAAGUAUAG